AUGUCCACCACACCAAUGUUGUACACUCUGGAGAUGCCCGUUCGAGAGCGACCAAAUACUUUGGAGAGAAACUACACGUUAGUACUGGAGAGUUCAAUCGGCACGUUGGAUGUCAGAAAGCAGAACUUUGUACGCAGAUACGAGGAGGCAGACCGCAUUUUUCGGAACCAGACGUGGAUGUUCAUCACCCCGUCGGCCGACGCUCCUAAAGACGCAUCGGUGCUUCGGACAUUCCAGCAGCUUUAUGUCGACGACGAGGACAGGCGUCCGAUGCAAAGCUCUUCGUUCGCUGAGGAGUCAGCGUUCCAGGAACUUAGCAAUCUCUAUCGUCGCUAUCUACAAUCACAACAGAGUGUAAUGAUGGAAGAAACUCGACCGACAUUCGGAAUUGCUGUGUGA